GGACGGCGCUGCUGACGUGGCACAUCCUUAUGCAACUAGGAGGAGGAGGAGAUGAGGUGUGAGAGAGGGGAGGUGAUGGUUGAUUGGGCGCGGCUGAGGUGGCACGCGGACGGCAGGUAUGAGAUCGGGACGGGGACGCGGAGGGAUCUUGCGCGUUACGCGAGCGCUGCGUGACAGGUGGAUUGCAGCCUCUAAUUUUUCGGUGGACAAAGUAACGGACACCCUUAAGGAUUCCGUUAAGGAUAACGUUAAGGAUAACGUUAAGGAUAACGACGUUCAUCUGGUGGCAGUCGGCAAGGGUGCUGGAUUGGGAUUGGGAUUGGGAGCCGCAGGGAGACCGAAGGCGGCGGGUAAAGCAAUCCUGAAGAGGCUAUCAGUGGCAGGGGCGGCACGGGUGGCGGCGGACAUGGCGGGGAUGGAGGGGGACAUUGCGGAGAUGGCGGCGGGGGACAUGGCAGAGAUGGUUGGGGACAUGGUGGGCGGAAAGCCUGAGGUGGCGGCGGAGCCAGCGCUGCUAGUCGCGCGCACGGGGCGCCAACGCCAACGCUACGAGGAUGGAUACAGGCUGAUUGCAGGCUGCAUCCCUUUCAGAUGGAUAGUGAAUGAGGAGGGGAAAGAAGAUGUGGAGACCCUCAUGAUAACGCGACAACGCGGCCAUGGACUCGUCUUUCCAAAGGGCGGAUGGGAAGAUGAUGAGACAGCGGAGGAUGCAGCCAGACGUGAAGCAAUGGAGGAAGCUGGUGUCCGAGGAGAUAUCCAGGCUGAUCUAGGCGUAUUUGAGUUUGAUAAUCGAGGAAGGGACCUCGCAUUGUCAUCGACAUCUUUAACUAUGGACAACAAUUUUGAAAAGCUGCCGGCUUCUGUUGAAGCUGCUGUGAAGGAAGGGGAUAUGAAUAGCAGUUUUUCUGUGAGCUAUCUUGAUGGCUGCUGCCGUGCAAGAAUCUUUGCACUCCUCCUCCUGGAAGAAAUGCCAGUUUGGCCAGAACAGUCAGCAAGGAUAAGGAAAUGGAUGGCGAUCAGUGAGGCAAUGGAGAAUGUGAAACAUGAGUGGAUGCGCUCAGCACUUGCGCAUUUUCGCAAGAUUUUGCCGAAUCUUCAUGCUAUGCGGUCGGGAAAGUCGUAUCCGUCUGCAGGGUUGCCUUCAGCGAACCAAGUUACGCAGCGGCCGUGCCAGUGUUCGACUACCAUGUCGUCGAAUUCAUUGUCGUCUGCACACAAUCCGUCAUCAUCGCAUCCAUCUUUGUCACUGUCACCGUCAUCAUCGGCAUCAUCCUUGUCGCUAUCUGCGUCAUCGUCUGUUUCCUCGUCAACUCGUUCUUCAGAAUGUUCAGUUGCUGCUCAGUGCAACAAUCUUCCGCCUCAUCUGGCCAGCAGGUCGAAUUCGUUGGCAUCAUGUGUGUCGACUCAACCCUCGGCUUCUCUAUCUCAGCUAUCGACUUCAUCAUCCCUGCUCUCGCCUUCUGGCAAUUCCCUGUCCUCCUCAAGCUGUGCAUCAUCAUCAUCAUUAUCUUCAGCUUUGACUUCCUCGUCCACCCAUUUGGCCUUAGCAUCCUUGACUCUGGGGUCAACGCGCUUGAAAAUCACCUCCCCUCCGAAACAGCAGCCGCAGCCUUUGCAUCGACAGCCUUUAUCGCCGACAACGUCACCCGCGUCUCCGCCUUCACUUUUCGUAUUCCCGGGCUCUCCUCAUCUUUCACAAGGUUCAGUGGUAGGUCUGAAAAAGCAUGUGAGCGGUCCUCUCGCAAGAUCCCGUACGAAUCCAAGGUCUCCUCCUCCCCCGGCACCGUCGGCGUCCAUGCGCCCCGUACGGAAUCUAUGAUGACAUUAGCAUCAUCAUCUUACUAGUGGAAACAGUGAGAGCAGGCUUCAUAAAGGCUUUUAUCUCCAUCAGCAAUGUUCCCUCUGGUCUCAGCACCGGGCCCUGCUGGGCUAACAUUGUGCUCUAGACUGGCAUGAACCUGCCCUGCAUUUGGACUGUGUCCAUGCUAUUGUAUUCAGCCCAAUCAUAGCCCAGCGCAGAGCAAUCUAUAGAUUCCUGUCCUUUUGCGUCUUUUCUUUUGCCCUUCUAACCACAUGUCUUUGUCUUUCGUCCAAAUUUUGUUUUCAAAGUACUCCAUUCACAAAGUUUCAUUUGCGUUUCUUUCUGCGACUCGUCUCCACCCUCCCUCCCUCCCUCCCUCCCUCCCUCCCUCCCUCCCUCCCGCCCUCCAUGUCAACGCCUCUCUGCGCAAUGGCAGGGAGAGUGGAUUUGUCAGCUGUGCUUGACAGAGGGGUAGAUGGGUAGUGCAAUGCACUCGGCCGCUCUCCCGAAGAAUUCAGCAUCCUAGUAUCCUACAGGAUUUGAACCUGUGACCUUCACCUUCCCAUCAGCUGGUUGGAGAUGUGAUGAACCCGAGUUCUUUCAAAAAUGGCCCUUCCUCUUCCUGAUUAUCGAGGAGCCGCAACAUCCCCACGCUGGCUCUUUUCGAAUGGAAUGUGACUAUGACUGCGGGCAGGUGCGUCGCCGGGUGGGACUCGUGCAGACGGCAGUAGUGUUCCUCUCUUGCCAAACUGCUGUUCAAGUGAAGUGAACAAUGUCAGAGUCAGAGUCCAGGGUGAGUAGAUGCAGCGCUUUAGCCGAAGAGCGCCCUGAUUACACUCAAGGGCGUAUUCGUCGUACUAGCAAUUUUUUUAACCGAAUGUGACUGUUUUUGCCGUCAGUGCGAGGCUGUGCUGGUUCUGACUACGCCCUGGCCAGCGACGUGGGAUGAUGCGUGAAUUGUGCUGAUCGAGCAUAUACUUAAACCCUAGAGACAACGCCGAUUGAGACCAUCUGGGUGGCGUAUGAUGCUAGUGGCCUGGGGCCAUCUUGGCCCAUGCUUCUAGUGGAUUGGGCCAUCACGAUCCUUGGUUCUAGUGGAUCAGGGCCAUGUUGGUUGAUCAAUCUAGGCGGAUCGGGAUAUGGUUCCUGGACAGGGCAAACUAAUUGGGGUACUGAACCACGCCUUAUCCGCGAAUCGCUCAAGUUCGAUGACGUAGUUAUCAGGGAAUGCAUAGAUUUGAUUCUGAGUUUUGCUGUAUGGACACAGUGAUUCUCUUACAGAUAAUAAGUGACUGGGGCUUUCGACGCAUCAAGAAGAGAUGAGAUUUUUGCGCAGGCGGUGCAUCCCUGGAGUCAUGUCACUGAGAUCACGGCUUCGAUUCCCUUGACUGGCCUGAAGUCCAGUGCAUGCAGACUGCCUGUGCUUUCGGUGAGCGGUGAGAGUUUUCAGCCUUUUCAGCACUUCCAGCAUUAUGAUCAUAAGUAGGGUCCCAGUUCCAAGCUCCAAGUCCCAAGUCCUAAGUUCGAAGUUCCAAGUUCCAAGUCCCAAGUCCCAAGUCCCAACUGUAUUGGGACUUCUCAAACUGUCCUGAUGUGUUCGGGUCCUGGUUCCAGUUGGCAGUUGAAGUGUUUUGGGACAACCCAGAUUAUCCUAAUGAUAUAACUGAUUGGUACAUAACGCCGUCUCCCCUGAUAGAAGCUGUAACGAGGCAAUGAUUGAGGUGUUGGACCCGAGAAUCGCCUUCCUUUUACUUGCACGCACACGUCGCUUUCUCUUACGCGUACUCGUCGCCCAGUGUGGUGCUUCCUCCAUCCAAUCUAUGCGUACACAUUCCAAUGCAGUGGUGCUUCACACAUAGACGUGCCCGCCCUGGGACGAAGAACUUUCUGGCCUGGGCACAGGAAUUGCCUGCCUAGGACCAAGAAUUGCCUUCCGGUUUAUAUGUACACAUUGCGACCGUUGGGGAACAACCCGUGAAAGGAGAGUUUGCCAAGAUUUACUACAACAAGGGGAGUGGUAGUUGUGUUUCGCCGUAACCUUUCUGCGGUUGCAGCGAUUUCGGUUCAAGCCUUCAAUUGC